AUUCAGAACUAAUCCGAUCCAUCUGCAGCAAUGAACGCGGCCAACUCCCUCGCUUCUUCUGUUUCGCUUGAAGAUCACAGCAACCACGCCGGCAGCGAUUCAGACACCAGCAUCGACGAGGUACCGGAGUAUUACCAGCCGAUCUCGCACGCCGACGAGAAUGACGAAGAAGAGGAAGACGAAUCUGCCGACCAUGCGAAUCACGCCCCUAAUUCGGGAAUCCUCGAGAACGGCCAUUGUUUCGCUCACGAAGCGCAGAGCUGGAUCUCGUCUCUCCAUCUCAACGGCGUGAAGACCGACGAAGACGACGAAAAUCAAGUGGUGGAGGAGGAGGGAGAGAUGGAGAUGGUGGUGGCAGAGUCGUCCAAUUCGUCGGUGGUUCAAGCUUUCAGGGAAGACGAGAACCGACGGAAUGCGCCGUUGACACCGGAGAACGCUACUAGAGUCAUGGAGGCAAUGCGUGGGAUCUCCUUCGUAGGUUCAGCUCCUGAUUGGGCCGGAGAAAUUCCUGAAACUCAGUGGAUUGAUCGCCUCAGACGGAUUAGGCAGAUGCCGCAACCUUGAAAUGUAGAGUAGAAUCCCCUAAUUUCUGAUCUAGGGUUCUAGUCUCGCAUUGAUAUAGUGUGUGAUUGAAGCAUGAAAGGGAUUGUUCUUAUUUUUUGGUUUUCUGUUCUCGCAAUCUCAGUCAAUACAAUCUUAGCAUCAAGAAUAUAAAUUAUUGUUCCAGUAUACCAUACCAGCAUUCUGUAACAAACAUGAACAAUGACUGCAUCGAAGUUCUAUCUCUCUCUUACUACAAACUGGACUUAUGUUAUGGCGCCGAUUUAAAGAACGAACU